GUGGUGUGACUUCAAAAGGAUUGUGACUAUUUCCAAUAUAUAUUGGAUAGUAUCUCAUUAAAAAAAAAUUCAAGAGACUACAGAUGUCAGUGUACAUGCGUUAGAUGAUUCUGCGCACCAAUUAGAAGAUAUUUCACACCAUUACGCCUAUCAAAAAAAGUAAAAUAAACAAGGAAAAAAAACUGGAGUUCUGUAGAAGAGCUUGGAGGAACGAGAGGCCAGGUGACUUCAGUGUCACAAUGGUCUCCAGUGAAGCAUAUACUUAUCUCUCGUCUGUAAAAUGGGGUAGUGAAGGCUAUUAUCUCAAAGAAUUCACUCAAAAAUUCACACUUCCCCAAGUGGCGAAGAUUAUCAAGGGACAAUAUCUUAAUCUCGGGGUUCCCACUCUCCCCUCUCCCUCACCUAAUAACGUCGUGUUUCUUGCGUCUGGUGGAAAAAGAAUCAAAAUGGCCGCUCAGUGUGUGAAAUUUAAAGAAAAUCGGCGAGUAAUAUUGGUGGGUCCGAAACUAGCUAUUCCGGACAACUAUGACGGAUGGUUUGAGAUCUUGUCCGAGGAUGGCCGACCAAUGAGGUGCAUAGAAAGUGUGGCGGAAAUGUCCAAGCGUUUUCCUUCCUCUUGUCUGGUUAGAGAAAACAUUAAAGUAUUUGUAUCGAAAAUUGAUGACCCCGAAAAUGUCAGUGAUAAAACGCGAAGUCUUCAGGCUGGGGAAACGAUACAUCUUGUCGAUGAGAUAUUGGCCGCACCUGUUAGGGGCAAAGCCCCUGGACGCUUUUUGCGUUGUCUAACUGACCGAAAUGACACUGUAUAUCUUAGUCAUGAACAACGUGGUAAGUUCAGUCCAAUGGCUGGUGAAGAUAACAUUUCUGGUGUUCACACUAUUAAAACCAUACUAAGUAAACGCUUACCAUUAAUGGUGCGAUUAGUCCACGGUAAGCCCCCUACUGGUCUGAAGUCGAGUUUCACUUUCCUGCCUGAAAUGCGCCUCUACUCUCUUUUCGAGGAGGAAUGUAUUAUGGCUCUCCCGCUACUAAAAGAUUCAGCUAUAGUACCGUUACCUCUGACAGCCCCUUUGAAACUUCAAUCUCCUAGAAAUGUCGAAACUCUCGUGAAUCUUCGUGAAUACACGAUACUCAACGAGAAGUGCAACAAGAUAAUACAAGAAGUUUCAGAUAAGAUCCAAGUAUUUGAUAUUUCCAUGAGUAAAGAACUGCGAAGCAAAACCAAAACCAGCUAUCACUAUCCUAACAGAAUUCAGAACCAUUUCCAUCUUAAACAAGGCCGACAAGCUUCCCUGGUGAGACGGAGCCUGUCAGACCCACAGGGACAAGGAAAGGGGAAAACAAUCGUGACUUUAGAGAGAGGACUUUCUGCACCGGGUGCAAGUACGGAUCUUCGAAUUGCUGAAGGUGAAUCCAAGGAGGAAUUGGUCAUUGACGAUUACGACGAAAUCGAUCAAAUUUACGAUUAUGUACGUGGAUUGAUUCCACUUCCAGAAAAGAUAAAAAGAGAUUUCUCAGCCAAUGAUAAAUCUUCAAGUCCAGAAAAUUCGGCCGCUUCCAGGUUUCCUACUUCCCCAGUCUCGCCUGUUCCAACUUCUCCCUUAGUUUCUACUACAAACGAGACUUCUACAACGGAAGGAGACAAAGUGAAGCCGGAACCACCACCUGUCGAGACUAUUCCUGCCAGAAAAAUGUCAACCAGUACAGAGCCCUGCUACUCUUCUGGUCAGAAGAUUACUGUUAGUAUCGUUCAAAAACCAUCUUUUAGACCCAAGGGAGGUUCUUUAAAGGACAACGAUGGAGCCGACGUUCAUUUCACGACUGACCACACAUACGAAAAACUGGAUAAAAGAAAAGAAGACCCCAAAUGUACUUACACUAAAAGUAAUCACAAUAUUAAAGCUUCUAGUGACCGGACGUUUUAUAUACCUAGUGGACACCAUCCUUGUCAAAACAAUAAGUUUUUCAUCAAGAAUGCUCCUCAACAGAGGCAGGCUCAUAGUACCAGGAUCUUUAAAAAUUUCAAGAGUUCUCAGACUCACAGUACCAGGAUCUUUAAACAUUCCAAGAGCUCUCCAGUAAAAGUAUCAGUUCCUUUUCAAAGAACCUCUCGCGCCAAAACAUGCCGCUCCAACAAGUCAAUCACAACGUCGCCUCUCUUCAACAUCCGCUACAAAUCACUUACUAACCUAGCUCCCAAGUUCAACAACACUCUUGAAUCUAGCAACUCUGUUGACCAAACCUCCUCGGGCUCUGGCUUGAAAGAACUUGCAAAAGACACCAAAGGACAGAAUAAGAAACUUCCUAGACCGAAAUCAUUAACAAAUCUUUUCUGGGAAUCCAGCCGAGUAGAUAAUUACAACAAUUAUAACUUGGUGCAAAAUGAAAUAAACAGGAAAGCAGAUAAUACUAAAUAUUUAUUUUCACACGAACUCUCAUCGUCUAAAUUAAUCAAUGGUGGUCCAAAUAAACGCAUCGGGACUCUUUAUCUCUAAGAGUUGUAUUAUUUAGAUGGAUUGAUGAAUUAUUCUAUGGUACCAGGAGAAUGUAAUCUUAUCCUACUGGACAAGGUAUAUACUAUAUAAGAAAGAAAAUCAGCGAAAGGAAACCAAAAAUGAUAAGUUUCAAAUAUCAAGUUGUCAUCAUAUUACAAUAAUCAUGGAAGAAAAUUGAAUAAUGGAUACUAAUAACAGUAACUAUCAAAACAUACGCGGUGCAAAACUUUGAAUAACAUCAACUUAAGUCAUAGUUUAAAAAAUUAGCCAUUUAUUUUUGUCAUUUAUAAGUUUCUAUAUUAAGUGAUUUCACAAAACUAUGUUAUUUUAAUGGAAUGUAAGCGUAUAGAAAGAGUAAUUGUGCCAUGUGUAAGCUGAUUCUAGUUGGUUUAUGUUCGAAUUUUGCUGCUCAAGAAAACAAGUCAAUAAGAGACACGUGAUGAGUCACUAUCAUUCUAAAACAUAUAGAAACUUAUGUGAUAAUAGUCAUAUACACUGGUGUAAAUAAAAUUAUAUAAAUAUGUGUUUUUAAGUUUAAACACUGGAGAAGUUUUAAGGAAGUAUAAUCAUUGAUCCUGUUUUAGUUUCCUUAUUUAGCUUCUAUUUGUUGGGUGUACCAGAGAAAGUUUCGCUAUUUUGGUUUGGUUGCUCUUUUU